GUGAGCUCCGUGCACUCCUCAGCAACACUUGGAUCACAUGACAUGACAAAGCAGCAGCAGCUACUUCCUGUGUGCACUGCUAGCCAAUUUCACAUCCAGACGGUCACUGCGACUAAUAACGUGAGAAACCAACAUGCUGGCUAUGAUAAACAGGCUCCUGGACUGGUUCCGCGCGAUCUUCUGGAAAGAGGAGAUGGAGCUCACGCUCGUGGGACUUCAGUACUCCGGGAAAACUACCUUCGUCAACGUGAUAGCGUCAGGGCAGUUCAGCGAAGACAUGAUUCCCACAGUCGGUUUCAACAUGCGGAAGGUCACUAAAGGCAAUGUGACGAUAAAGAUAUGGGACAUAGGGGGCCAGCCUCGCUUCAGAAGCAUGUGGGAGCGCUACUGUAGAGGAGUCAAUGCUAUUGUUUACAUGGUGGACGCAGCAGACCGAGAGAAGGUAGAAGCUUCCAGAAACGAACUGCACAACCUUUUAGAGAAACCACAGCUACAAGGAAUUCCUAUUCUAGUACUGGGCAACAAACGAGACCUGCCGAACGCACUUGAUGAGAAGCAGCUCAUUGAAAAAAUGAACCUCUCUGCCAUUCAGGACCGGGAGAUCUGCUGCUACUCCGUCUCCUGCAAAGAGAAAGACAAUAUAGAUAUCACGCUGCAGUGGCUCAUCCAACACUCAAAGUCUCGAAGAAGCUGAAGAUGAAGGCCCUCCCCCCCCUCGCCCCAUUGCAGCUCUGGCCUCAGCCCCUAACGCUCAUGGGACCUCGACAGCCAUCCUUUCCUCUGCCUCUGUGAAGUUAUCCAGCUCUGCUCACUACCAACACCCCCCGCACCACGCAGUACACUACCAUAGAGGUGUAGCCCCCUUGUACAGCACUACCCCCACCCGAAUAUCAGGAGAUUUAAGAAGCUGUUUCAGUACUGAGAAGGUGGACUAUUCGUACCCGUCAUGCCUUAUAUGGACAUGCUGUGUCUGGCUUUUUAAAAUAGCUUCUGCAAGAAUCUCAUGAUGUCAGUGUGAUAUUCCCCAGAUGGACUUCCUUUAAUCCCACAUCUAAACAUCCUUUUGUCAACAUUUGGUGUUUACAUGACACGGUUGUUAUUGUCGUUUUUAACAGUUAAUUGCCAAAUAAUUAUGCAAGUUUAUGCUAAUCCCUACCUUUUUAAUUCCUAAUGAAAUCUUCCCACUGUCUGCAGCCUGCAUUUUAUUUGCUGGUAUCCAUUUUAUUAAGUGACUUAAGUCAAUGUUUACACAUAACUUAAAGAUGAACAGAAGUGUUGUCUUUGUCUGAGGCAAAAAAAAUCCUAAAAUAGGUCAUCAGAGUUUUAUAAGUGCCUUCGGCUGAGCGAGUGUUCCCAACAGACAGUAAUUGCCCAAUGCGACUUCUAACCCACUAUUAUGAAUAAACACUCGGUUCAGACACAGCAUAAAUCCCUUGAUUACACUUAAAGCCACACUGCGAUAAUCAUGUUAUGUUUUGUGAUCUCAUUAUGAUGUCUUGAGAAAAAGGCAGUACUGUCAAAUACGGAAUGAGGUAAUUGAGAAGAUGUUACAUUUGCUUUGGUUCAUGCGUCAUUGAAUGUUUUUUAUGUAGCUUGAAAAGGUUUUCUUGCUGUUCUCAGGUUGUUGAAUGAUUUUAGUUUUACUCUUAUGGUCUGAACAGUCGGAGUGUGCCCAGUAUCCGUUUCAUUAUCCCCAUUUUGUUCGGGUUGGAUAACAGGAAGCCAGUGUUACGGAGAACAGAAGAUGGUGGACGCUUGAUGCCAUUUAGCAUUUAGCGCCCUCCUCUGAAUCCUGAUGUCUUUUUAUUAGAAGCCUUAGCAGCCAAAGGGCAACGCUGUCUCAAAAAGCGAUGUAUAACCUGGCAAGUUGUUUCCUUUUUAACGAAAGAUAAUGAUUUUAGAAAUACUUAUCUGCCCUUGCUUGGCCAGUUAAUCUUUUAUCAAUGUGUGUGUUUCUGGAUCCCUUCUGCUAUGAGGCUGUAUGCAGGCCCAAACGCUCCUGCAUUUCACUGUAAUUCUUUCUACAAAUCCAUUACAGACACUAUUAUAUCCCAUUGUUCUGUCUGGUGAUCGUAUAGUUGGGACCACAGCAGCAGUGAGGGGGCUGUACAUUUGGGUGGCGGGGUGGAAAAGCUUUGUUACCUGUGUUAUUAUAAUAAUAUACCCUAUUUGCAAUUUGCAUGUGCAGAACUUAAUUCACAUUCAAUUGCAGAGUUUGUAAAUAAGAUAUAGCAUUUUUAUUCCAACAGAUGCUCCUGUAGAUGUCAUGCAUUCUUUCGCUGUGAUGAUUGCUAAUAAAUUUGUUUUUAUUUUUAAGGAU